AUGUCGCAUACACGACCAACUACAAAAGUAAUCACAACCAGAAAGUCUGGUACUGUAAUAUCAAGUGAUGGAGUGAUGGAGAAGGCCAGAUACCCCCAAGAAUACAAUUGGUUCCGUCAAGCCCUUCGCCUGGCGGGCCCGGCGACGGCUGCGCUACUCACAGUCGAGGUGCUUCUUCUUGGGGCCCAUGACUUCGUGGGUCGUGGCCUUGCAGACGGCUUUGGCGACGGCCGAGCCGGUGACACUGUGCUGCGCCGCCGUGAUCCGGUCCGUGAUCGACUGGCCCGACAUGUCGACGACGAGGAGGAGGAGGAGGAAGGUGGUGAUCGCGCGGCCUUGAGGCUCUUUUCUUCCAGCUCCCCCUUGGACCCCAAAAUGAAGCAGCGGCGGCAGCAGGGCGAGGAAUUCCCCGGCGCCCAAAUCCCCUCAGCAGCAGCGGCGGCAGCCCAGAGAGUAGAAGGAGAAGGGCCGAGAGGGCAACGGGGCGGCAGGGAGGAGGAGGAGGAGGGCCGGCCACCGCCCCACCAAGGAGAAGCCCAGCCCAGUGCACCGGCCUUGUUGGAGCCUCCUCCUCCUGCUGCCGCUGAGGGGUUCAACCGAGGCCAGGCGGACGGAGGCUCCCUCCUUCCCUCAGAGGACUCCGGCUCGCUCUGGCGGGCGCCUCUGCCUCAGACAGGUCCUCUCCUUCUCGCCCUUCCGUCUGCCUGCCUGCCUGCUUGCUUGUCCGCCCUCUCAGCUGGGACCCCGUCCCCUUUCUACCUCCUCUUCCUACACCACGCCUCCCUCCUCCUCCUCCUCCUCGCCGAUCUCUUUCCCCCUUUCGCGUUCCCACUCCCAGACAAAAUGGCGGCGGAGCUGCGGCGGCGUCAGGUGACGGCCACCAUGGUUCGCCCGCCUGUCGCGCUUCCCUCCACGCCUCAGCCCUCUCGCUGGCCCUGGGGGAUUCCGCCCGCCAGAAUGUGUGCCGGCGGGCGGGCGGGCGGGCGAGCUGGUGGUGCACACACACGCUCCUUGUCUUACAAGCACAAGCACGUACACUCGCAAGUGCACACACGCGCCAGGCUCGCUUCACCAUCCAUGCCUCACCCUGUCAUACACACUCACUCGUCCCAUCCCUCACUGUCGCUCCAUCUCACUCACACACACCUGCAUACAUUCGGUCCAUUUCUCCCUCCUAACAGAAGCUCACUCCAGCCCUCUUUUUCUGUCUCUCUCAUACACAUUAGCUCCAUCACUCUCUCUCUCUCACACACACACACAUUCACUCCAACUCUCACCCAAGCUCAUUUCUCUCACACACAUAACACAUAUAGCACACAUUCCCUAGUCUGGAUGGAUGGGAGGUUGCCUGCUCUUGAUUGGGUUACAUUCCCUUUGAAGGAACAGGUAUGUCACUUGGGGUUUCUUCUAGAUCCUUUGUUGAGGCUCAGGUGGCCUCAGCAGCCCUGAGUGCUUCCCAUCCACUUUGGCUGGUGGCCCAGUUGUACACCUAUUUGGACUUCUGUCAUCUUAUGCUCUGGUAACCUCCAGGUCAAUUACUGCAAUGUGUUGUAGGUGGGGCUGCCUGUGAAGAUAGUUCAGAAACUUCAGCUGGUGCAGGAUUUGGCUACCUGGUUGUACACUGGGGCAAGAGUUUGAGCAUAUUACACCGAUCCUGGCCCAAUUACACUGGCUGCCAAUUAGUUUCCGGACCCAAUUUGAAGUGCUGGCUUCAACCUAUAAAGCCUUAAACAGCUCAGGACUGCAAUACCUCAAGGACCACCUCAUCCCAUAUGAACCAACCUGGAUCCUGCCAUCGUCAUGUGAGACCCAUCAUUGUGUGCUUCCUCCAUGAGAGGUCUGGAGGGUGACAACAUGAAAACGGGCCUUUUCCGCAGUGGCUCCCUGUUUGUGGAAUGCUCUCCCCAGCUUCUGCAGACGCAGCAUAUGGAAAAAGAAAACAGGAAAUAAAUCAGCAGUUUAUAUGGACAGGCAGCAGCACUAAGAAAGAAAGAAAUGAAAAUCACAUUGCUGCAAGGCAGCCUUUGACAACCUGGUGCCUUUCAGAUGUUUCAGACUAGUACUCCCAUCAGUUCCAGUCAGAGGUUAGUGAAGGCUGCUGUAAAGCUUUCUUUUAAAAUCAAUGCAUAUUCCUACACCCGAGUAUGAAGAAUGGUGCUGGGAAUUGUAGCUCUGUGAGGGAUAGACUACAGUUCCCAGGAUUCUCUGGGGGAUGACAGGUGCUUCAAAUGUAUGAUGUAAAUGUGACGAGCUUCUGAACGCAGAAUAGAGUGUUUUGGAACUCAUUAAUAUCUGCAUUUGCUGCUAUCAAAGCUCAGAGAGGCAGGUUAGCAGCAAAAUAUGUCUCAGCUUGGGACAAAAAAGCAAAGCAAAACUGGUUCAUGCAAACAGUGUUUCAGGACAGGAGCCAAUACAUCAGCCAAACCAAGAUGUUUUCAGCUGACUUCUGCUCCAGUUACACAUUUAGUAAUACAAUUGCUCCACCACUUCCUGAUCUGAUAUUCACUUCCUUUUUCCUGCUACCUAAAAAACAAAAAAACAAAGCAGCUUAACUAUUUGGCAUGUCCGUGAGAGUUAAACUUGGAGAGCAUAGCAAAACGCUUCUGAAAGGGCAAGCACAUAAAUUCCUUAGCCUAGAUUUAUAUGACUUAUGGCAUAAGCACAUACAUUUCUAGCCCAAAGAAAGUUCCACUGAGCUCAAUAAGGCUUCCACAUAGACUCAUAGAAUUGUAUAGUUGAAAGAGGCCAUCAUCUAGUCCAAGCUCCUGCAAUGCAGGAAUCCUGCCCUCAGCCAAUCCCUUGGUGGGCACAAACCACCAGCCUUCUGGUUAACAGUCACAUGCACAGACUUGUUAUAGCACAAGAGGUAUAGGACUGAAGCCCUGAGCUUCCACAGCCAUCACUCAACAUGAACCACCACUGGCAGGAACAGCAGCAGGUAUCUUCUAUGCUUAUGAUAAUACUUAAUUCGCUUGUUAAUUAUGUUGUUUUAAAUGUGCAUUUUAUAUUUGACUCCCUUUAUUAAAUGAUUUCUUUUGAAAUGUGUUAUUUUUGUUUACUUUACUGUGCUAAAUGUGCAUUCUGGAACU